GCUAUUUUACUUUCAAGUUCAGCACUGCUCUGGUUCCGUCAAUCAUUCACGCCUCCGGAAACCUUUGCCUUUGACUGAAUGGGCGCAAUUUCCUUCCUGCCGUUGCUACAAAACCGAAUGUCCCCGCGACCUGUUGCUUCAAAAUAGCAACCGAACGCAUUCUCAGCACGCGCCCCCAAAACGACACCUAGUAUCGGAAUUCCGCACUGUUACCAAGGCACCCGGGCUCGGGUCAAAAUCCGUUGAAUGCACCCGAAUGGUUGUUUAUUCCGCUGGCCUGGUUUCAGUUCAGAAGUGAACAGCCAAUCGAUAAGUGGUGAAAAAUUUUCGCUCCGUGGAGGAAUUUUUCUGAAAAAUUUCUUUGAAAGUUGAACGUUUUAUCGGUGAAAUAAUGGAGAAAGAAAGCCGUUCUAAACCGAUUUCGAUCGUUCCGAAGAAUGUGUUUGGAUUGCGAACGGAUAUUGUUGGAAAUGUGCAUUUCACAACGAAGCAGGAGAUCAUUUACCCGGUGGCAGGGGUCCUAGCCAUUCACGAUUACAGCACCAAUAAGCAGAAGUUUUUGAGAUUUCCAGAAAAUUAUCACCCUGAAAGGAUUGUCAUUUCGCCGGAUCGCAGAUACAUAGCAAUAUCGGAAAAGAGUGCUGAUAACAAAUCAUUGAUCAACAUCUACGACAUCGCAACGCUGAAGAAACGGAAGACCCUUCAACUGCCACCGGAUUGCCCCAACACUCAGAUAGGCAACAUUUGCUUCACAUACGACUCGCGUGGAAUCGCAGUCCUCUCCGUGGAACCGGAUGCCUUUCUCUCGAUCUUUUCGUUCGAUAAGAACGAAUCGCUCAUCAUUGGCCGAGCCUCCAACUCCAGUCAACAAGGGCAGGCCAACUAUUUGUCGUGCAACCCCGGAGAUGCCACAAUUGUGGCCGUCGGGGGUUAUUACAUGCUCAAAAUAAUGAACAAAACCGAUAAGGGCUUCGGACAGAUUGGAACCAUCAAAGGGGACAACUUGCUUGUAACAUCGAUCGCAUGGUUGACUGCCGAAGCCCUCGCUGCAGGAACGGCUGAAACCGAACUGAUAUUUGUUGAAUCUGGAGAGCUAAAACUCAAGCUGAGAGCCGACGAAGUUGAGCGGAUCGAUCUUUCGACCGAUACCGAUGGAGAACUCUCGUCGAGCCCGGACAGCGAUUCAAGUACCAAGAAGGAAAACCACGAUGUGCUCUGUUUGACUCAGUUCGACACAGGAUUUCUCUAUGCUAUCCACAAUUCGGUUCACGUUUUCGAGAAAACUACCAACUACAUUUUUACGAAGAAAUCGAUCAUACGGAUCCCCGUCACGCUCUACGAUGAACAAUCGUACAAGAUCAUCAACGUCGCCGUAAAUGCCGAACAAGACACGAUCGUCGUCGCUACGAAACAUUCCCAAAUCUACAUUGGAAUGUUGUUCGUUCCAGAAACUCUGAAGGUCAGCGAAUUGGUGUUUCGACAUCUGGGGGAACCUCUUCAUGUCAAUGGAAUAGUUGGUCUCUCGGUAUGUUCCUGGAAGCCAAUUCUUAUGACUGCGUCUAAGGAUCUUACCAUACGUCUCUGGAACUACCACAGCAUGAAAGUCGAGUUGGUAAAGAAGUUUCAGAUCGAAAUCGGAGUUAUCGCGCUGCACCCAUCGGGAUUCUUCGCCGCCGUUGGUUUCAUCGAUUUGCUACGGUUGAUGCAAAUUCAGCUGGAUGACCUUAAGGUUACCAAGGCAUUCAACUACCCGAAUUGCACACAGCUGAAGUUCUCGAACCGGGGUCACCUAUUGGCCGCAGCUCAUGGAAAGGUUAUCAGUUUAAUCAGUAUCUUCACGUUUGAAGUUGUGCAAACGCUCAAAGGCCACAAUGGAACCAUACUGAGCCUAUCAUGGUCUGCUGAUGAUCUUCUCCUAGCGUCCGGUGGAAACGAUGGAGCCAUCUACAAAUGGAAUGUAGUAACCGGCGAGCGAAUCGAAGAGAUAGUCCAGAAAGGGAUCCAUUACCGUUCCUUGGCAUUGACGAGCGAUGCCAAUUCAGUGUUUGCCAUCACAAAUACGGGACUUAUCCGGGAGAUGUGCAAAUCAGACAUAAAUCGAGAAUUCAAGAUCCCAGACUUGACGCCGCUAACGGACAUUGCUCUGUCUAGAUCCGAUCUGAUGAUGUUCGUUGGCACAGAGAGAGGCCACCUCUACAAUGUAGAUAGCAGUAACGGGAAUUGCAGCAACAUUCGGUUCUUCAACACCAAAAUCACCAAGGUUUGUUUGACUUACAACGAUUGCACACUUAUUACAUCGGCUGAUGACGGUACGUUGAUCAUCUGGACGAUUUUGAACAACGAAGGUAAAACUGCGCCGCAUGCUCCGGAAUUGGGACUUUGUUCGGAUAUCUUGAUAGCUAGGCAAGAUUUGGUCGAUAAGAAUGAUUUGAUUUCUACCCUGGAAAUGCGGAUUCAACAGCAGAUUAUGGAGUUUCAAUACAAGAUGAAACAAGGGGACGUAUUCCACUCAGAGCAGAUGAGGGACAUUCAUCGAGACUACUGCGCAGCGAUUGAAGAAUUGAAGAAAAAGAAUGAAGAAAUGGAAAUGGCCCAUCUGGAGGAGUUCAACCUGAUGACGGCGAGUAUUGCUCAGGCCAAGGAAGAUCAUCAGAAGGAAAUGAUGGAAUUCGAAGCGCAGUUCCAUGAGAAAAUUAUCAUGGAAUACGACAAGCUCAGCGAAAUGAAGCAACGCAUGGACCAGAUGCGAGAAGAUUAUGAGAUCAAACUCCGUCGAUCAGCAGGUUGCUUGCAGGAUACAAUUGAAUCUUUGGAGGCUGACCAAAAGAAACAACUGAUUGAAAAACAGGAAAUUAUAGAAGGAUUGUUGAAGGAAAUGGAUCGAAAACGAAUAGAGUUCAACGAGUACUGCAAGCAGGUUGAUGUUGACAACGAUCGCAACAAAGUCGAAUUGCAGCUGAACUACGAGAAGAAACUCCAAGAGGAGGAGGAAAAUUGCAUGAAAUGGCGAGGUGAGGCCGGAGUACUGAAGAAGAAAUUCUCCACUCUAAGCCGAGAGGCGGAAAACUACCGAAAAGAGAUUGAAACCCUCCAAUAUCAGCACGGAAAGUUUCAGCAAGCAAUUAAACAACACCAGAGAGACAUUGAAGAUCUAAAAAGAGACCUCUCAGAUCGUGAAGCGAUUAUCAAAGAAAAGGAACGUAAACUUCACGAGAUGAACAAAAAGACGAACGAGUUGGAGAAAUACAAGCAAGUUCAAACGCACAAAAUUAACGAGCUCAAAAGCCAAAUUGAACCGAAGGAAAGGGAAAUCAAAGAGAAGAAAGAAGUGAUUGGUGAGAUGGAGAAAAAGCUAGAAGAAUUGCAGCAGAACAACAAACAACUAGCUUUACAGUUGCAAGAAUUGCGCGACAAAUACUACGGAGCCGAUCUAGAGCUUCGUAAGGAGCGCAAUCGAUUCCGCGGGGCUAAAAAUCAGUACCAACAAGUUUGCAGAGAGAUUUAUAACGUCGCUGGACUGAUUCAAAAACCCGACGAAUUGAAACGAGGAAUAACCGAUCUGUGCCAUCGAUAUUCGGACGACAAAGAGCUUCAGAAGUCACUGGCUUCAACCGAAGACGUUCAGAAUGAGUUCCUUCGACAGAGAGAACACUUGGAAAAGUUGACCAAGAAUGCGAAAAUGAAGAGCGGGCAGACUAAAGAUACGGGCGAGACUAUGAAGCUGUUGAAGGAGAACAUGGAACUGCUGUCCGAGUUGAACAAGUUGAGAGAGCUGCUAAACGAGAAGCAACGUGCCUGCACCAGAAUGGAAGCAUUGCUGGGACUGUCCAGUAAGGCUAUAUCACCACGGGAAGCAAAAUUGAAGCUCGAGAAAGCUGUUGCGGACAAGGACGAACUGGAGAACAGACAUCGUGAGCAGGUGACCAAACUACAAGAAGUGAUCAAAUCGCUUUCCAAUGAAAAUCAAAAUUUACGAUCGGAAAUCGUUGGUUUGAACAAGAAAAAUAGCACUAGAAGUUAAGACUAGAGCAAUGUAUGCUUGGUUUUAGAAAUACAUCGUAGUGUGUUCUUGAAA